AUUGUGAGCCUACAAACCAAUACCAUGGGGUUGUCUAAGAUUUCCUUUGCCUUCGUAUGUCUCAUAGGCUUAGCCCUGCUCCAAUCCACUGGUGCCCAAGACUCACCACAAGACUACCUCAAUGCCCACAACGCCGCUCGAGCACAGGUAGGUGUUGCUCCCUUGACCUGGGACCCCAACCUAGUAGCCUAUGCCCAAAGAUAUGCAAACUCCCGUGCUGGUGAUUGCAAUCUAGUGCACUCUAAGGGGCCUUAUGGUGAAAACAUAGCGAAGAGCACCGGUGACUUGUCUGGCACAGCUGCCGUGAACUUGUUCGUAGGGGAGAAGCCCGACUAUGACUACAACUCUAACACCUGUGCUGCUGGGAAGAUGUGUGGUCAUUACACGCAGGUGGUUUGGCGCAACUCAGUUCGUUUAGGGUGUGCAAAAGCGCGAUGCACCAAUGGAGGCACGUUUAUUGGGUGCAACUAUGAUCCCCAGGGAAACAUUCGUGGGCAGAGGCCUUACUAA